AAGAAAAUGUAGAGAGGGGGAAGAGAGAGGAAGAGAGAGAAAACUGAACUUGCAAGAAAGCGUUUAGAAAGGAAAAAAAAAAGGAGAGAAGGAUUGAAGACGACGAUGGCGUUUUACGUAGACGAAGAAGAAGUGUGGAAAUGUCCAAAACACCCCUCAAAGCGACGGAGGAACGGGAUUUGCCCUAUCUGCCUCCGCGACCGUCUUGUUAGUUUGUGCCCCAACUGCGCUAACGUGCGCCCCUGUGCUUGCAGCGCCGCGACGGCGACGUCCUCCUCUUCUUCUUCAUCGUCUUCGUCCUCGUUUUCUCUAAUCUACGGCACCGGCGUCGGCACCACUGGACGUGUCUCGAACCUCCUCGACAGCGAGCCGGCGUUGCGGCGGUCGAGAACGGUGGCGGCUCCGUUUCUGCGGUCGAGACUGGGCGCCGACAAAGACGCCGGGGAACGGAAGAAUCCGCCACUGCCGCCGAUUAGCCGGAGAAAGUCUUCGUUCUGGUCGCUGUUCAAGCCUCCGAAGACGAAGAAGCCAGAAGGCGGAGCGAGAGAAGCGGAAGCGAGGAGGAACGAAGUCGAGGAAGCCGAGAGCGUGAGAAGGAUGAUGCGAUCGAGGUCGGUCGGAGUCCCGGUGCUGUCCGAUUCUAGCUCCGGAGAUGUCAGAUCGAAGGCCCGGGGAUGGUAUUUUCCGAGUCCGAUCAAAGCUUUCCGGCAGUCCAAGACUUCAAAGGUCGUUCAAGAACGCUCGCCUUUGUGCAGAGGUUGAUUUUUCCAAAAAGAAAAAAUCAAAGCUGUUCCAUUUUUUUUUUUUAAUCAAAAUCUGUAUGAAAAACUCAGUUUCAGUCUUUUUGUUAAUCAGAGAGGAAAAUUUUUGUUUAUAAAUCAAAAAUAAUAAAUUGCAUGGAUUCUGCAUUCAA